UCUUCUAUUUUGCAUGGAUUACAAUUCAGAAGAUGCCAAUUCUGGAUUAAAAUUUAUCUGGAAAGAAGAUUUUGAUGCUGCAUCAUGAAAUGCUACAGAUUGUUUGAAUCUGCUUGGUUGUUUAUUCCCAGCAUUGCAGUAUCCAGUAAACCAUGAAGUCUACAUUGUGGCUUUCUAUUGUGUUAACUUCGUUCUGUUUGGUAAAAUCAGAGAAAUGUGCUGUUCAGGAUGAUGGCGUGUCCAGUGAUGGCCAGGAAAAGGUCGUAGUGGGACAACCUGUUGGGAUUGAUUGUUCUGUGGGCAAAAUACUUAAUUUUAACCAUAAGACUUAUAAUCUGAGCUGGUAUAGAAAUGGAAGAGAAGAGCCCAUAACUAAAAAAACUGAUUCAAGAGUACAUCAACGCGAUAACAUGCUUUGGUUUCUUCCUGUGAAUUUUCAAGAUUCUGGAUUCUACACAUGUAUUGUACGGGAGUCAGCAAGAUGUUACAAAAGUGUUGUGAGAGUUGCGGUCUUCAAUUACACUGAUGGACAGUGUUUUCAUGAUGAAGUCUUCCAUAAGCAAGAGAUACGAGUAGGAUCAAAUGCAAAGAUUGUCUGUCAUAUCUUGGACAGUUUUAAGAAAGACAAGAAUGCUUUGUCCAUUCGAUGGUAUAAGGAAUGUAAGCAGCUGAAUGGGAAACGAUUUGCCUUCUAUGGUGAGGAUGUUAUAAUAGACAAUGUGACUUCAGAUGAUUCUGGAAAGUACCAAUGCAAAGCAACAUACACUUAUGAGGGGAAUAAAUAUAACAUUUCAAGAAGCAUUGUGGUAACUGCUGCAGCAAAUCCAGAGAGAAAAAGAACUAAGAUUCUAUACCCAAGAAACAACACAAUUGAAGCUAAACUUGGAUCCAGUGUGUUUGUAGAGUGCAAUGUAUCAACUUUCAGAGACAGUCCUAUUUCUAUAUCCUGGAAGGUCAAUAAAACUCUUGUUGAUUUUCUGAUUGAUGGUAGAAUUCGAGAGGGACAUCAGAAAGAUAUCCCCAUGGAAGAAGGGCUGCUUUCUGUAGUGUCUCUGAACAUCACUGCACUGAAAGAGGAAGAUUUUGGCGAGUGGUUUGUUUGCCAUGCUGGGGAAGUAGCAGCAUACUUCUCGGUGCAAACUCCAACCAAACAUUAUAUUGGCUACUUGGCUGGAGCUCUUGCUGCACUGGUAUUCACUACAGCUGUUCUUGUAUUAAUCUACAUGUUCUUCAAGAUUGACAUCAUACUUUGGUACCGAAAGUCAUGCCAUCCAUUUCUUCAUAAAAAAGUUGCAGAUGGGAAGAUCUAUGAUGCAUAUGUGUUGUAUCCAAAAACCCACAAGUCAGAUCAUUUUGUUCUGAAAGUACUUCCUGAAGUUUUGGAGAAACAGUGUGGAUAUAUUCUAUUUAUAUUUGGUAGGGAUGACUUACCAGGAAAAGCUCUGGUCACAGUUAUUGAUGAAACUAUUAAGCAAAGCAGAAGGCUGAUAAUUAUCUUAAAGUCAGGAUCACCAAGCUACAAAUUGUUAGAAGAAGAUCCUGAGCAGCAGAUAGCUCUAUACAAUGCUCUUGUACACGAUGGAAUGAAAGUAAUCUUGAUUGAAAUGGAUAAAAUCAAGGAUUACACUAACCUGCCAGAAUCCAUUCAAUACAUUAAGCAAAAACAUGGAGCCAUCCAGUGGAAUGGGGACCUCACAGAGAGUCAGUCUUAUUCUGCAAGUACCAGAUUCUGGAAAAAAGUCAGAUAUCAAAUGCCACCAGUACCUCAGACCUCGGCAGAACUACCUUUGGUGGAAACAUCUCUCACCUGUCAAGUGAUAGAAAAAUGAUUUUUAUUUUUUGGUAUUUUUGUAGUUUUUUAUACACGUGUGUGUGUGUGUGUGUGCACCUGGUAGUCGUGGCAACCCUUGGUGACUGACCCCUACUGGGGGCUUGGAGGAUAUUCAGAGAGGUGGCUGAAUAAAGCCUGCCCUUGCCUCUCACCUCCGGUAUUUCAAGGAGGUCUUCCAUCCAACUACUUGCCAGAGCUGACUCUGCUUAGGUAGGUGCUGAGAUUUGACAAGAUCAGGCUUGCCUGAGCUAUCCAGGCCAGGGUGAUAGGAAGAUGAUUCUUGUAUCACUUUUAUAACUCUUGGUACACUUGUUUUGGAAGGCUGUUUUGAUAGAUAUCCUUAGAGCACAACUUUGCUUGAACUUUCAUGGUUUCGUGUUUGCUGCUUAACUAGCAUUCUCAUGUACAUAACACCCAUAGGUCAUUGUCAGACAAAAACAAUGAAGUUGAAACAGUUUAUUUUUAUGCAGGUGUAUUGAACAGCAUUUUUUAUAUUCUCAGGGUGUUCCUUAGCAAGAGAACAUGUAAGUAAUAGAAUGUCCCCAGAAUAGGCAGGACUGCAGUACACAUACACAAAUGAAGCAAAAGUUGAAACCUUGCUCAUUAGCUGUUUUGUGAACCCAGUCUCUGCCUUCCUUCCCAAAAUGUCAGUCACAGAGGCAUUACUUUACAGGGCAAUGGACUUGCACCCUGGGGUACUCCAUGCACACUCUGUUGGACGAAAGCCAUUACAUGGCUGUUGGAUCAAGAAUGAGACUCACACAGAGAGAAACUGUUCACAAGUGACUCUCAAACCAAUUCCAGGAAUAUCUGUGGAAGAUAUUGAACCCACAGAUGGAUUGGUGCAACAGUAACUUUGUGUCCCUUGACUUCAAAUGUGAAAAUAUUUUUAAUAAUAUUUGAUAAAUGACUGAAAUUUGCAGGAUUCUCUGGAAAUACAUUUUCCAGAUAGAAAUGUAAAGUUCUAAGCAGAGGAGGGAGUCCAGAUACAUUUCAUUAAAUCUUAUUUACUGACUAUAAAGAAGGAGGCAGAAUGCUUAAAAGGUUAACUCUUAUGUGUUGUCAGUGGUGUUGAAUUGUAGGAAAUGUAUUGGUAAAAAUAUGAGUAAAAAUAAAAUUGGUGGAUCUGGUG